GGAUAUUUUAGAGAAAAAAAAAACAGCACGAUGCUCCUGACGGCGAUUUUCUUUCUAGGGCUUUAGGAAUGUCGAUCUUGGUAAGGUGGAGGAUCUCCUUUGAGAUCUACAAGAUCUGGUUUCGAUUGGGUAAAAAGGUGUGGGAGGGUUGUGGAUCUCGGUUGAGAUCAAGCAAAAGAUUCCCGAUUGGGAAGAAGAAAUUAAUCCUUGGUAUAAGGUUGCGGCAAGGCAAUAAUAAUGAGGUGUUAUGGAUGAGGCGUUUUGCCAGUAAGAGAAUAUCUUGGAGUUUAAACACAUGCCGUCUUGAUAAGGUUGCAAAGUGUUUUCUCAGGUGGCUUUUUGGAAGAUCAUUGAGGUGGGAUCUUAUAAGGAAUCUACCAAGUUACUUACUCUUUAUUUGGUCUCUCUGGUGCUAUAUGGAGUUUUUCUCUAGUGAAGACUUUAGGAGAGAAUGGUGUUUGUGUGAUUAUGUAUAUGCAGGUUUCCAUUGGGAUAACAUUUUUGCUGGACUGGAUCUCCAGUUGAUGGUUGGUGUGUAUUUAGCUAAUUGGUUUUAUGGAAGCGAUGGAAUGAUAUCCCGGUCUCAACUCAGGCGUUUGGGCGCGUUAUGUCUUGGCGUGGGAUUUCAUCACAAAUGCUGUGGCAACAUAUAUCUUUUGAGGGAGGACUGUAUUAUUAUGUAUGCAGUGAGAUGGUUUUUGUCCUCUAUGAAUUUCUCUUUAAAUGUAUUCAGGUUUUCUCUUAUAAAUAUGAGGAUUUGUGGGUGACGAUAAGGCAUGGUCUUCGGUUCCGGCUAUGGGAUAGGUUAUGUACGAGGUUUUUUGCCUCCUGUACUAACACAAUUUGUUUUACGGUGUUUUACUUUUAUGAAGGAAAUUGUUGGUAUCCAUCUGUAAUGCUUACUAAGGUUCUUUUGCUAUGGAAGGGGUUAGAUGGUUUCCAGAUGAUGGGCCCGAUAAGUUUAGACGGUAGAAACAAUUGUCUUCGGUUUUGUUCUAAGAGUACUUCAGAUCUAAAAUUAUAUAAUUUUGUUGGUUAUGUGAAGC